UUCUGCUCAACAAAAUUUGAGAAAUUUGAUAUUUUGGCGCUAACCUGAACAGGGUCAAAUAUAGAUCCUAUUAUACCACCUGGGUUUUUCUCAACACAGUAGGUAGGUCGGGCAGGGACCGGACGCAGGACAAACGCCGCCGAUACAACCCCCUUCUGAUGCUCCUUCUGAUGUAUCUGAUGGCAGGCACAGCAAUUUGAACUAGUUCAACAGGUUCGUGUACCACUUUUUGCACCCUCCUCGUCUGUGAUUGGCUGGAAAAUGAGGGUCUAGAGGGUGCUCCAGUCACCCAGACUGAUCCAGACACUUGAUGAAUGGAUGCUAAUCAGGGUGGAACCAGUCCCGCUCUCUCCGUUUACAAUGCGAGCAAUGCCAUUGGCGGGCGCGCUCACACCACCCGCGAGGAGCAGGGCAACGUGAAUGAGCCUGAGAACACAGAAACGCGAACUGGUUCACCUCAGAGUGUAUAAAUCCUUGCGUCCAGCCAUGCAAGUCGACCAACACACAAUGAACAUCGCACAGUCCUGUCUCCGAUGUGGCCACCACCAUCUGGAGGGCACCCCUCAUUUCCCUACUACACCGGACCGCAUUGCGAUCAUGUCUGCAUACAUGGCCGCGCUGCAGACGCGCGAAGACAGCGACGAGGCCGAAUCCAGUGACGAGAGCGACGACGAGUCCAGCUCCGACAUCGACUUCGACGAGCCCUCAAUAUUGGAGGGCGUCCAGCUCGACGUGCCACACCCAGAUGACAUCACCACCGACGACUCGGCAUUCAGCAGCGACGACGAGUUCGCCAGCGAGCAGAACAAGCUUCAACAGAGAACGCGUCGCGAGGUACGGACUCAUACAUCAUCCUCCGCCCCGCGACGCUGUCGAGACUGACAAUAACCAUCUAGCUCGCGUUGGGUCGGCCGACCUCGGCCAUACUCGCCAUGCGACCAAAGGAGCUUGCGCGCAUGCAACUGUCGUACAUGAAACAGCUCGACGACGCCGACGAGGAGAUGUCUGAGCUGACUGGAACGACGCAUCAACCGAUACCCCGAAACCGAGAUGAGCCGAUUCUCGACGGCCAAGGCAAAGAUGGAGACCAGUUUGUCCUGGCGCUGCGUCAGAGGUCAGACAAGGCGGUGAUGAACAUGGAGGCUCGUUCCGAGAGCAUCCUGCAGCUGGUUGCCCUCGCCCAAGCCUUGUUCCGCAAGGAGCGCCAGGCUAAGCAUAUGCAGGGCUGAGUAUCACGCCGUAGAUAUCAUCUAUCGGACGAAAUUGUAUUUGGCGAUGUGAUUGAUGCACAUGAUCGUAAUCUAGUCCUCAAUGGUCAUGUCUCGCUGCAUCUAGAAUACGCUUGUUUAAUCGGGCCGGAACGGGCGGGACUGAGCGCGACUCACCGAUGAGUUGAAGAACAGCGAGUUCAUGCCCCACGGGAAAGGCUUGUUACGCUUGUUGAGGUACUCGAAGCGAGGCGGUUGGGGGAGCUUUCCAUCGUUUUCAGCCAUCAGGUGAGCGUUGUGCGCCUUAUGCUCGAUUUCCACGUUGUAGACGUAGGUACCAAAGAUUGCAACUAGCCAGACAACGUCAGGUAAAUAUGACGGAGAGGCCGGAAGAUAACGGACGGGCAGGAAUGCAGACAUAGUAGCUGGAAUGACUUCAGUCCCACAAGCGAAUACUCGGGCGGAUGAAACCCACCUCAUCUUCCGCCAUAAUUCAGCUGUAGCUGAGAGAAACGUUGAGCCCCUUCGGUCGGGAAGAACAGGAAGGACAUGUAGAUUUACACAGCGCAUGGUGUUCGAUAGCUUGCUGGUUAGCAAGCCAUUGAGCACGGGCCUGCUCAACAGCAGUCUCGGAGUAGGCCCGCACAGCAGGGGAGGACCGGAGGAGUGCUCGGCGUGGAAGGAAAGACAUGUUUGUGUGGUCCUGAUUGGAGCCACCAGCUUGACGCCAUCAAUUCGACGCGAGCUGACGCGUCCUUCUCUCAACUCGAAAGUACCUACCCACCUCCAUCACCAUGGUCCGUCAGUCGUCUGCUGCUGGUGUACUUGCCCUCCUUUCGGAACCGGACCCCGUAUUCAAACAACACGCUCUCGACGCGCUCAAUCCGCUCGUUCCGCAUUUCUGGGCAGAAAUUUCAGAGCACAUUGCUCUUAUUGAGUCUUUGAACGAGAAUGAGACUCUUCCUCAGAAAGCCCGUGACUCCGCUGCGUUGCUGGCUAGCAAAGUCUAUUACUAUCUGGGAGAAUACGACGAGGCGCUUUCUUUCGCUCUGGGUGCUGGAUCUGUUUUCGAAGCUGAAACUCGUGCCUCUGGAUCGGAGGAAUACGUCGAAACUGUGCUGUCUAAAGCUAUCGACCGCUAUAUUGGAGUUCGCAGCGAAGAGAAGAUCAAGUCUGAGAAGGUCGAUCCCCGACUGCAGUCCGUGGUGGAAAACAUAUUCCUGCGGUGUAUCGAGGAACGCGAGCUCAAGCAGGCCAUCGGCAUUGCGUUGGAGUCCCGAAGACUGGACGUGAUCUCCCGUAUAUAUUCCCAGACGAACGAUACUUCCCUGCUGUCCUACGCGAUGGAGGGCGUAUUAGACGCGGGUUUCUCCUUGUCCUACCGCGACGAAGUCCUGACCUUCCUGUUCCCCCUCUUCCCGAAACCAAAGGCUGGCGACAACUCCCCCCACGUCCAUUCGAUUACGAGGUUACUGGUCACACUCAGUAAUCCAUCACUUACUGUGCCGUACAUCACUUCCCUGGUGCCUCAAGAGAAGCUGGUAGCAUACCAGUUUGCAUUCGAUCUCGUCGAAGGUGGAUCGCAAGAUUUCUUGGAGAGUGUGAGGAACGAUCUCCCCGAUGGUGAUUCGGAGACAAAAGACGUCUACGACAAGCUUCGCAAUAUCUUGACAGGACAGGAAUCGGUCAAGUUGUAUCUCCAAUUCCUAAAGCGAAACAACCAAACCGAUCUUCUCAUUCUCCGACACACCAAGGACGUACUAGAAUCUCGCUCAUCUGUCUAUCACACAGCCCUCACCCUCCAAAACGCCUUCAUGCACUCCGGCACGACCUCUGAUGUCUUCUUGCACGAGAAUCUAGACUGGUUAGGUCUGGCAUCGAAUUGGUCCAAAUUUUCCGCGACAGCAGCUCUUGGAGUCAUUCAUAAGGGUUAUUUCGAACAGGGGAUGACUAUCGUUGGGCCUUAUCUUCCCCAGUCCAAUGGAGAGAGCAACAUCCAGGGUGCUGCGUACUCCGAGGGUGGUGCACUGUAUGCUUUGGGUCUUAUCAAUGCGGGUUGUGGAGGUUCAGUGAUUGGCUAUCUACGAGACACUUUGAAGGCUGCACAAGGAGAAGUUGUGCAACACGGUGCAGCUCUCGGGCUCGGUGUUGCAGCAAUGGGGUCCAAGAGCACGGAUGCGUUCGAGGAUCUGAAGAACACUCUUUUCCAGGACUCCGCAGUUGCUGGUGAAGCCUGUGGCUACGCCAUGGGGCUAAUCAUGCUGGGCACCGCAAUGGCCGAUGCUGUUCGGGAGAUGCUGAUGUACGCGAGAGAGACGCAACACGAGAAGAUCAUCCGAGGUCUUGCUGUCGGUGUCGCAUUCAUCUUCUAUGGUCGUCAAGAAGAGGCCGACGAGACCGUCAAGCUGUUGUUGGCUGAAAAGGAUCCUAUCCUUCGAUAUGGUGGUGUCUACACAUUGGCAUUGGCCUAUGCCGGCACUUCGGAUAACGAAGCUGUACGACAGCUCUUGCACAUUGCCGUGUCAGACACUUCGGACGAUGUUCGACGGGCUGCGGUGACGUCUUUGGCUUUCUUGCUUUUCAAGAAUCCAGUUCAGGUUCCAAGGAUUGUCCAGCUGUUGAGUGAGAGCUACAAUCCUCAUGUAAGAUGUGGUGCUACGCUGGCUUUGGGAAUCGCCUGCGCUGGAACUGGGUUACAGG